CAUUUCUACAUGGUUUUGACCGAUAUGUUGUGUUUUAAUCUUCAGACAAAGAGAGAUGAGCCCUCUAACGUGGUCGACUACGAGAAGAUCGACGACGACGCCAGAUCUCUGUAUGAAGCCGGCGUGAAGAGGAAAGGGACCGACGUGGCGACCUGGAUCACCAUCAUGGCUCAGAGGAGCGUCCCGCACCUGCAGAGAGUGUUCGAGAGGUAUAAGAGCUUCAGUCCGUACGACAUGAAGGAGAGCAUCAGGAAGGAGGUGAAGGGAGAUCUGGAGAAGUCCUUCCUCACUUUGGUGGAGUGCUUUGAAAACAGGCAGCUGUACUUCGCCAACAGACUCAGCGACGCCAUGAAG